AUGUCAAAUCCAUCAAUUGUCUUGAAAGAAAAGGGUAAAAUUGUCCUUGAAAAUAGACCUGUUCCUGAUCUCACAGAUGAACGUUCCGUCAAAAUUGCUGUUAAAAAGACUGGUAUUUGUGGUUCAGAUGUUCAUUACUAUCUUCAUGGUAAUUGUGGUACAUUUGUUGUUAAGGCACCAAUGGUCUUAGGUCAUGAAUCAUCGGGUGUUAUAGCUGAGGUUGGACGUCUAGUUACAAAUGUGAAAGUUGGGGAUAAAGUUGCCAUCGAACCUGGUGUCCCAAGUAGAUAUAGUGAAGAGUACAAAAAUGGUCGUUAUAAUCUAUGUCCUGAUAUGGCAUUUGCAGCUACACCACCAUAUGAUGGUACUUUAGCUAGAUACUAUAUUAUGCCAGAAGACUUUGUUUAUAAAUUACCAGAUCAUGUCUCUUUAGAAGAAGGCGCACUAGUUGAACCAUUAAGUGUUGCAGUACAUGCCGCUAAAAGAGCAGGAAUCAAAUACAACUCAAAUGUUGCAGUUUUUGGAGCAGGUCCAGUUGGUUUACUAACGGCUGGUGCUGCUAGAGCUCUCGGUGCUGCUAAUGUUCUUGUCGUUGAUAUCUUUGACACUAAAUUAGAGCUAGCUAAAAAUAUUGGUGCCACACAUACAUAUAACUCUUUAAAAAAGGGAAACUUUGAUGAAGAAAUUAUCAAGCUGAUUGGUGAUAGACCUGAUAUCGUCCUAGAAGCAUCAGGUGCUGAUAUUGCAAUGAACAAUGGUUUAAAUUUGUUGAAAACAGGUGGUGUUUUUGUUCAAAUUGGAAUGGGUAAAGAUGAUGUCAAAUUACCAGUUGCACAAAUGACUCAAAGGGAAAUUGAUUAUAGAGGUAGCUCAAGAUAUAGCCAAGGUGAUUAUAACGAUGCUGUUACAAUGAUUGCCAAUGGGAAAAUCGACGUUAAACAACUGAUCACUCAUAGAUUCAAGUUCAAAGAUGCUAAAACUGCCUAUGAUAAUAUUAUUCAAAACGGUAAAGACGUUGUCAAGACUAUCAUUGAUGGCCCUGAAGAUGAACUGGCAAAAUUAUGA